AUGGUCCACUGGAUCACACAUUGGGGGACAAGUGUCUGGCUCCAGACUCUGCUGGCCAUUGCCUGGGGCAACUGUUCCUCUCUUGCCCCCAGCCCUGCCAACUUCUCUGUGGUUUAUACCAUGCCCUUCUUCCAAGCCCGGGGCCCCAUCCAGAACAUAGUUAACAACUCCUUUUACCAGGAGGUAUAUGUUGCCUCUCAGAAUGUGAUUGAAGCUGUCAACAGAAGCUUGGAGAAGGUGUGGGAGCUCCGAACAGGGCCGGUGGGAAGCCCAGAGUGUCAGAUAUGUAAUUUGUGCAAUGUUGACAAGGAUCCCAACUUCCUGGAGGACACCAACAAUCAGGUCUUGUUGCUGGAUACACUCUUUAUGUAUUUAUACUCUUGUGGAAGUUCUCAGUAUGGUGUGUGCUAUUUCCAUCAGCUAAACCAGGAUGGAGAGCCGCCUUCUCUUUCAAAGUGUUUGUUCAGAAAGGAUUCAAACUCUGCUGCCUACUGUCCUGACUGUGUGGCGAGCCCUCUGGGUACCAAAGUAACCAUGGUUGAAGAGGGUCAGACAGUCUACUUCUUUGUUGCCAAUACUGUCAAUGACAGUGUGACCCAGCGUUAUGGAAGGAAGUCUGUAUCAGUGCGUCGACCUCUGGCCACAGAAGAUGGUUUCUACAGUGAUGUGCGAGGCCUGACUGUCCUCCCAGGCUUGCGGAGGACAUACCAUGUUGAAUACGUCUACAGCUUUUUCACCCAGGAGUUUGUCUACUUCCUCUCAGUUCAGAGAGAGAGCCCAGAGUCAGACUCAUCGCCAUUUCAGACUCGCUUGGGUCGUCUCCCACGGAACGAAUGGGAGAUGAAGCGGUAUCGGGAGGUGAUCCUGGAGUGUCGCUUUGAACCAAAACGCCGGAGGAGGAACGUAGCCAGUGAGCCCUACAAGGAUGUGGUGUACAACGUGGUCCAGGCAGCCCAUUUUGGUAAGGCUGGCAGGGAGCUGGCAGAGGAGUUGGGGGCGGAGGAGGAGGAUGACAUUCUCUACGGGGUGUUUGCAGUUACUGACGACAACGGGGUCACGGAGCACGACUCGGCCCUGUGCGCCUUCCCCAUGGACAAUGUGAACAAGGCAAUCGUAGACGGGGUGGAUGACUGCUGCGAGUCCGGACCAGAGCAGCUCUCCAGAGGGCUCUGCCAUUUCCAGCCCUGUGAGAGCUGUCCGCAUGAGAGCAUGGAGAACAACGCCACGUGCCGGGACCAUCCCACCAUGGUGUCCAAGCCCUACUACAGAGUGGACCUCUUUAACAGGCAGAUGACAGACGUCCUCCUCACAUCUCUGCUGGUCACAACCAUAGAGAACAAGACUGUUGCACAUAUCGGCACCUCUACUGGACGCCUGCUGCAGCUUGUGUUGACACGAUCCAGCCCUAUUAUCUUUGCCAAUUACUCUUUGGUAGAGAACCAGAGGGUCUCAUCCAUUGCUGCUGUUUACUCAUCAGAGUAUCUUCUCUUUGUGGUUGGAGACAAGAUGAUCCAGGUGCCCCAGAGAGGGCCGGGCUGCCAACACUUCCUGACCUGUGCCAGUUGUCUGACAGCCCCAAAGUUCAUGGGCUGUGGCUGGUGCUCUGGAGUUUGCACCUGGGAGAGCGAGUGUCAGAGUCGAUGGAGGAAUGAGUCCUGCCCACCUGGGAUCACUGGGUUCUUUCCACGGACUGCUCCCCCUGAUGGUCAAACAGAGCUAACGGUGUGUGGAUGGGAGUUCCAGUCCCCCAUAAGACCUGCCAUCAGCUCCAGGACUCACCAAGUCCGACUCGGACAGACCGCCUGCACUGUGAUUCCAGCCAAGAGCAACAACACACACCUGGUGUGUAAGAUUCGCUCUGGGGCAACUGAACUGUCCAAACCUGUCAACAUUACAGUGGAGGUACAUGAGGGCAAAGUGGAGGGACGCUACUCCAUUGAUGGGAAGGCAGAAAUGCCAGGAUUUACGUUUGUGAUCCCCAACAUCACUGAAAUCCAGCCAAACUAUGGUCCUCGUGUUGGGGGCACACUCAUCACAGUUACUGGACCCUAUCUGGAUGCUGGGAAGACCAGGCGGGUCACUCUCAACGACGUGCCCUGUCCCAUAAAGAGAGUCACAAAGCCUAAAAGCAAUGUGUCCUCCAUCAUCUGUCUGUCCCAACGCAUCUCCGAGGUGAGGGACGUCCCUCUGAGCGUGUUCAUCGACAAGUCUCCUGUUCUCACCACAAAGGUGUUUUACUACAAAGAAAACCCAAAGAUCACAGCUGUUCUGCCUGGCUGUAGCUUUGACAGGGGGUCAAAAAUUGUGAUUGAGGGGGAGAACCUGGAUUCUGUUUACCGCACCAUCAUCCGCUUCAAACCCAAUGAGAGCCACUUGAAACCUAUGACAAGGGAGUGCAUAGGCAAGUCCUCGCCCACCAGGAUGGAGUGUAUUACUCCUGUGUUUCCCAGAGAUGAGACCGAGGAAGGAGAGCUUUCUUUUGACAUGGAUGGAGCGUUGGGACUUUGGAACAAGGAGUUCUCCUACCAUCCUUACGGCGAGCCCAUACCAUUUGAAACAGAGGGACACGUGCUGAGUUUGUACCCUGGGUUUGACGAAGUGUCUUUACAUCAUCAGAAGCUGAACCUGGUGAGCUCCUGUAUGACCAUCAUUAUGACGGUGGCGGGUGUUAACUGUGACGCUAAAGUCCUGGAUAACGAGAUCACCUGCAGGAUCCCCAAGAACAUGACCAUUACCAGCGAGGGACUGCCGGUGAAGAUCUCCAUCAACGGGCAGGUCCACAACGUUGGCACGGUGGUGAGGGUCAGCAACCACUACAUGGUGGGCAUUGUCCUGGGGAUCCUGGCUGCUCUGGUGGCCGGAGCCGUGCUGGCCUUUGUUGUCAUGAAACACUUGCGGAAGAAGAAGAAAGCCUCCAUGGUGGAGACCCGUUUGACCCACCGCUCUAACCGCUCUGGUACAAAUAAUGUGGAGAUGUCGCCUGUUGGGGACUACAGGAGGGUGGUGUCCCUGAAUCCUCCGACCCCGCUGGUGGGGCAGGUGGUGUUCCCCAGCAUGGCCUAUGCUGCAGGCAGCAUCGACCCUACACUCACCCCCCUCAUGCCUCCAGAGAAGAUCUCCAUCUCCAGUUUCAGGCCGGAGCUGUUGGAGGAGGUGAAGGACGUCCUUAUUCCCGCUGAGAUGCUUCUUGUGCAGCACCACAGGAUCAUAGGGAAGGGUCAUUUUGGCACUGUCUAUCACGGCUACUUCACUGACCACAGCAACAGAGAAAUCCACUGUGCUGUCAAGUCUUUGAAUAGAAUAACAGAUGUCGAGGAGGUGGAGCAGUUUCUGAAGGAGGGUAUCAUAAUGAAGGGUUUCCACCACUGUAACGUCCUGUCUCUUCUGGGCAUCCUCCUGCCGCAGGAGGGGCUUCCUCUAGUGGUGCUGCCGUACAUGAAACACGGGGACCUGCGGCACUUCAUUCGCUGCGAGAAGAGGAACCCCACUGUGAAAGAUUUGAUCGGCUUCGGGCUGCAGGUUGCCAAGGGGAUGGAGUAUUUGGCUCAGAAGAAGUUUGUGCACAGAGAUCUCGCAGCACGCAACUGCAUGCUGGAUGAGUCGUACACAGUGAAGGUGGCAGACUUUGGCAUGGCCAGAGAUGUUUUCGAUAAGGAGUAUUACAGUGUUCAGGACCACAGGAAGGCUAAGCUGCCCGUCAAGUGGAUGGCCAUCGAGAGUCUGCAGACACAGAAAUUCACCUCCAAGUCGGACGUGUGGUCCUUCGGUGUGCUGAUGUGGGAGAUGCUGACCAGAGGAGCGAGCCCCUACCCAGAGGUGGACCCUUAUGAUGUAACACAUUAUCUGCUGAAGGGCAGGAGGCUGCCCCAGCCUCAGUACUGUCCUGACCCUUUGUAUAGCAUCAUGCUCCAGUGCUGGGACCCUGAUCCAGAGCAGAGGCCCAGUUUUGCCACGUUGGUGUCGGCUGUCUCCACCAUCCUGUCCAGCCUGGAGGGAGAACACUACAUAAGUCUGAACGUCACCUACGUCAACCUGGACCAGCCGCGGCCGUACCCCGCCCUCACAGAGUCCGCCGACGAGUACGACUCCACGGACGUCGAAGACUCUGGCUCGGUCUCCUCCUGAUCCCGAUCCGCUCUUCGCCCUCUCUCGACAAACUCUAUCGGUGCUAACAGCGAGAGCACAACAAACCACUGCCAGGUCAACAGUGUCUCUUACCACUAAACAGAUAUACUGCCUAGUGUCUGUGAGCAGCAAGAUGCUUUCAGCUGACAUAGCAUCUCUUUGGGCAGCCAUAUUGGAAGCUCAUCCACAGCUGAGGUAGCUUUCACACUUGGUCGUCCGAGAAGUAUUGAAUAGAUAUUUAGUUUCUGCCUUAUUUGUUACCAGGCAGAUGUCACUGAUAAUAAGUACAUCAAAUCAGUUUUGUUGCACUAGCUUGUUAGCUAGCCAAGCAAAACAAGAUCUUAUGUAUCCAUCAGAAGCUAACAAGACUUAGGCCUGCAGGUUAGCCAGCCAGCUAACGAGCACGUUUGUUCAAAGUAACUGAAGUGAGGGGUUUCAAACACCAAAGCACUGUGCAACAAAAGGCACAAGCUCGGUAACCAAACCUGAUAUCAUUGCUGUUCACACUGUUCCCACGCUGCUGUAGAAGUCUCUCAUUGGAUAUGUGUGGGUUUUUAUGCCAAGUAGGUGUGACUGUAGACAUUAAUGUAAAGUCAGUUCUAACAGUGCUGGCUUCAGUAUUGAAGAAGGGAGUCACAAAAAGCAGAGCUACGAUUCACACAAGUAAAAUCCAUGUAAUUCAGCGGCACGCCAGCUUUCUUUUACUACCUACAACAUAGAGUACUGUAACAGCAGCGGAGCACAUGUGUAAAUACGUGUAGGUACGGCAUUCCUACGUUUGCUUUUUAAUUCUUUUGCAGUGUGUUGAUUGUUGACUGUGUAUUUUGGAUCAUACUUCUGUAAGGCACAAUGUUGACCACAAUCUGACAUCACCCUGUUGCUUGUAUUUCUGACACAAUGUCUUUGAGAUAGUGUAAUAAAUUAAAUAUUUAUUUGUUUAUAGA